GUUAUAAAGGGAAGGAGCCGGCGGCGGGCGGAAGUGGGCGGUUCGGCUGCUCCCGGCGCUGUUGUUUGGCGUUUGGGCCUCCCGAGGGGCGUUCUCUGGAGGGCCGCCGGUGCAGGCCGCAGUGACAGGGCCGCUCGCCCCCGCGCAGCCCGCCUCUCUCCCGGUGCAGCGUCUGCUCGCGGCUUCCGCGACCCGCAGGCCCAACAUGGCGCAGGAGGUGUCGGAGUACCUGAGCCAGAACCCGCGGGUGGCCGCCUGGGUGGAGGCGCUGCGCUGUGACGGCGAGACUGACAAACACUGGCGCCACCGCCGCGAGUUUCUGCUCCGCAACGCCGGGGACCUGGCCCCGACGGGCGGCGCGGCGGCCGCCAACGCGGAGGAAGCUGCGGACGCCGAGAGCGGGAGCCGCAAUCGGCAGCUGCAGCAGCUCAUCUCCUUCUCCAUGGCCUGGGCGAACCACGUCUUCCUCGGGUGCCGGUACCCACAAAAAGUUAUGGAUAAAAUACUUAGUAUGGCUGAAGGCAUCAAAGUGACAGAUGCUCCAAUCCAUACAACAAGAGACGAACUGGUUGCCAAGGUGAAGAAAAGAGGGAUAUCGAGUAGCAAUGAAGGGGUAGAAGAGUCUGCGAAAAAACGAAUCAUCGAAGGAAGAAACAGUUCUGCAGUUGAGCAAGAUCACGCAAAAAUUUCUGCCAAAACAGAACGUGCGUUGGCUCAGCCAGAGAACAGCUCCGCGUGUACAGGGGCAUCUGCGACGUCGGAGAGUGGUGGGAACUCCAGUCGCAGCUCUGGCAGCUCGAGUCAGAAUAGCUCUACAGGUGAUGGAGAUCGGUCUCUUUCUAGCCAAAGUAGCAGCAGCAUUUCCUCUCAGGUAACAGCGGCAGGGUCUGGAAAAGCUUCUGAAUCAGAAGCUCCAGAGAAACACAGUUCAGCAUCCAUUGUUUCUUCGUUGUUGAAAUCCAGUGUGAAUAGUCAUAUGACCCAGUCUGCUGAUUCCAGACAACAAAGCGGAUCACCUAAAAAGAGUGCUUUGGAAGGCUCUUCGGUCUCCUCUUCUCAAAGCAUCUCAGAGGUUGAGGUGCCUCUGUUGGGCUCCUCCGGAAGCUCAGAAGGAGAGUUGCCACUGUUGUCUUCUAAACCUAGUUCAGAGACAGCUUCAGGUGGGUUAACUUCCAAAACUAGUUCAGAGGCAAGUGUUUCAGCAUCUCUUUCUAAAAAUAGUUCCUCAUCAGGCACGUCCUUACUAGCUCCCAAGAGCAGCACAUUGACAAGUACCUCGAUGCUGACUUCCAAAAGCACUUCGCAGGUAGCUGCCUCACUGUUAGCGUCCAAGAGCAGCCCCCAGACCAGCGGAUCUCUAGUUUCCAAAAGCACUUCCUUAGCCAGCGUGUCCCAGCUGGCUUCGAAGAGUAGUUCUCAGACUAGCACCUCACAGUUGCCUUCUAAAAGUACGUCACAGUCAAGUGAGAGCUCUGUUAAAUUCUCUUGUUGCAAAUUAACCAAUGAAGAUGUAAAGCAGAAACAACCUUUUUUCAACAGACUGUAUAAGACAGUGGCAUGGAAGUUGGUAGCUGUUGGUGGCUUUAGUCCCAAUGUGAAUCAUGGAGAGCUCCUAAACGCAGCUAUCGAAGCUCUGAAGGCAACACUGGAUGUGUUUUUUGUUCCACUAAAAGAACUAGCAGAUCUGCCUCAAAAUAAAAGCUCUCAAGAAAGUAUUGUUUGUGAAUUGCGAUGCAAGUCUGUGUAUUUGGGCACUGGCUGUGGAAAAAGCAAAGAAAAUGCAAAAGCUGUUGCAUCAAGAGAAGCACUAAAGUUAUUUCUCAAGAAGAAGGUAGUGGUAAAGAUAUGUAAAAGGAAAUACAGAGGCAGUGAGAUAGAAGAUCUGGUACUCCUUGAUGAAGAAUCAAGGCCUGUAAACUUACCGCCAGCAUUAAAACAUCCCCAAGAGUUAUUAUAAUACGUCCAGAAUACCACUGCAUAUAAUGUCUGGUAUUGGAAGAGAAAAACUGGCUUACUUUUGUAUAAUAUAAAACACAGGCUUUCACAAAUUUUGUAUUGCUUUUUUCCAGUUUUGCAGAAAAUUUACAUUCGAGUUCUCUUCACACAGUAGAAGUUGUAAAUAAUUUAUGAAUGACAGUACAUACUAAAAAGUAUGCAUUAACAGCAUACCAGUAUGCUGUUUUAUUUGCUGAAGAAAAUACUGUCUUCUAUUUUUAAUGAUCCGUUAGGUACGAUGUGUAGUUCUGUAGAAUCUUAAAACUUUUGUACUACUAUCAAUUUGGUGAAAAUGUAUUAAGUUGUCUACCAUGCUUUUUUUUUUUUUCCCUAGCUGAAUAAACCUGCACAUCAAAGGGGACCAUAGUAUUUGAAUGUCUGAAAGUCUGUGAAGCUUAAGGUUUUAAGAAUGUUGCCCAUAAUGUUGAACAUGUCUGUUAAAGAAUAAAAGAAAAAAUAGUUGCCUCAGACUAUUUUUAUGAGAAGUUGUAAGCAUUUUUUAGAUAUAAAGCAGUAUAAAGUACUUAAGGUUAUUUUAUUCUGAAGUUGUUUAAAAUUCACCAUGAUUUUGACCGCUGCAGAUUCUUUAAGUGGGUUAAUUUAUGUUUGAGGUAAAAUACAAUUUACACUUUUUCUUAAAGACAUAAAUGUGGGUUUCUAUAUUAAGCAUAUUUUGUGACUACUAUUAACAGAUUGAUUUGUUUAGAUAUUAAAUGCUUUAAGCUAUUUUACCUUUUCAA